AUGUCCAUAGCUCUCAAGCAAGUCUUUAAUAAAGAUAAGACUUUCCGCCCAAAACGCAAGUUUGAACCUGGAACCCAGAGGUUUGAACUUCACAAACAAGCACAGGCCUCUCUGAACUCAGGUGUGGACUUGAAAGCAGCUGUGCAGUUGCCCAGUGGAGAAGACCAAAAUGACUGGGUGGCUGUCCAUGUUGUUGACUUCUUCAACAGGAUCAACCUCAUUUAUGGAACUAUCUGUGAGUUCUGCACAGAGAGGACCUGCCCAGUGAUGUCUGGAGGCCCUAAGUAUGAGUAUCGGUGGCAGGAUGACAUAAAGUACAAGAAGCCUACAGCAUUGCCCGCACCUCAAUAUAUGAAUCUUCUCAUGGACUGGAUCGAGGUGCAAAUCAACAACGAGGAUAUAUUUCCUACGAGCGUAGGUGUUCCAUUUCCAAAGAACUUCCUUCAGAUCUGCAAGAAGAUACUUUGCCGGCUUUUUCGGGUGUUUGUUCACGUCUACAUCCAUCACUUUGACCGCAUCAUCCUUAUGGGGGCUGAGGCCCACGUCAAUACCUGUUACAAGCAUUUUUAUUACUUUGUGACAGAGCUCAACCUCAUAGACCGCAAAGAACUAGAGCCUUUGGUGUUUGUGGAGGUAUUGAGUGUGUUAGAUCCAGAGUGUGCUCUGGAUCUAAGUGAGACAGAUGAG